GGUAGUCUCCAUCUCCCUGAUGCCACCGAACCGCAAGAGGCGAGCAGCAGCCAUGGAACCCGCGGCUGGAGGCGCGGGUCAGCAGCGCCAGAACAAAGCUUCGGCGGGCAAGAAAGCAAAGAAGGGCGGCGGCAGAUGGCCGGCAGUCAAGCCCAAGAAGGAUCUCCAGAUCAAUCGCCUCAAGGGCACCCACCUCCUCACCAUUCCAGACUUCUUCACUUCCGCGGAGGCGAAGGCUUUCAUUGAUGUCGCCGAGUCUAUGGGCUUCACCCACCAGAGCAGUUUGGGGCCACUAAAGGGGGAGGCUUACAGAGACAAUGAUCGGAUAUCUGUGACAGAUCCAUUGCUUGCUCAAGCCAUUUGGGAAUCAGGAAUAAACAGAAUAUUUACAGACAUCAACGUCUCUGGCAAAGUAGCUACAGGAUUGAAUCCAAAUAUAAGGUUCUACAGGUACACUGAAGGUCAGCGUUUUGGUAGGCAUAUCGAUGAGAGUGUCGACCUUGGGGAUGGUUCUAAAACGUAUUAUACGCUGUUGAUAUACCUUUCCGGCAGAGGAAGUGCUAAGGAUUCAUCAGGACAAGCUCUUGUUGGAGGGGAGACUGUCUUUUAUGAUCAAAGAGGUGGAAUUGUUGCUGAGGUUGCUCCAGUGCAAGGAAUGGCUCUCCUCCACCUACACGGCGCCAAAUGUAUGUUGCAUGAAGCCCGGGUUGUGAAAAAGAACGCCAAGUAUGUACUCCGUUCAGAUGUUGUAUUUUCUUAGCUAAAGAAGUGCCUCAAGCUUUUGUUUCAGAUCAACUACCCGUCUAUGGCACGAUGGAUCUGGGAAGUACUUCUAGUUAGUUUCCCAUUUUAUACAAUGAUACAAGAUUCAUGUAACCUUUGCAGUGUUGGGAGUGAUCGUUUGACAUCAGAAUCGUGCUCUUCUGUUGCUGAAUUUGCUAUUGCUUGGAAGUGCAAAAGAAGCAAUAUAUGUGGACCUUGACUA